AACGAAUCAGAUCCGCUUCAAUUGAGUUUCGGAUUAACGCUCAUGCAGAUCAUCGACGUGGAUGAGAAGAACCAGUUAUUGAUCACGAACAUAUGGCUGAAACUCGAAUGGAAUGACAUGAACUUGCGAUGGAAUACCUCAGAGUACGGCGGCGUGCGCGACCUCCGCAUACCGCCGCACAGGCUGUGGAAGCCGGACGUGCUUAUGUACAACAGUGCCGAUGAAGGUUUCGACGGUACAUACCCAACGAAUGUCGUUGUGCGAAACAACGGUUCGUGCAUGUAUGUUCCGCCUGGAAUAUUCAAAAGCACUUGCAAGAUCGACAUCACGUGGUUUCCGUUCGAUGAUCAACGCUGCGAGAUGAAAUUCGGAAGCUGGACGUACGGUGGAUUUCAGCUGGAUUUACAACUGCAAGACGAAGCUGGUGGAGAUAUAAGUAGUUUUGUGACAAACGGAGAAUGGGAACUAAUCGGGGUGCCUGGCAAACGCAACGAGAUUUACUACAACUGCUGUCCCGAGCCGUACAUAGACAUUACGUUCGCGAUUCUGAUACGGAGGAAGACGCUUUAUUAUUUCUUCAAUCUGAUCGUACCGUGUGUACUGAUCGCAUCGAUGGCACUCUUGGGCUUUACACUGCCCCCAGACUCCGGCGAAAAACUAUCCCUGGGUGUCACCAUUCUCUUAUCGCUGACAGUGUUUUUGAACAUGGUCGCUGAGACAAUGCCUGCCACGUCUGACGCCGUACCUCUAUUGGGAACGUAUUUUAAUUGCAUAAUGUUCAUGGUGGCGUCCUCUGUGGUGUCGACGAUAUUAAUAUUGAAUUAUCACCAUCGGAAUGCGGAUACACACGAAAUGUCGCAAUGGAUAAGAGUCGUAUUCCUUUACUGGUUGCCUUGCAUUUUGCGAAUGAGCAGACCUGGACAAACUAGAUCCGGUUCAUCGGGCGCCUCCGACUAUUCCGUUCCUGUGCCGCCACCUUCGAAACACAUGCAUGAUGUCGUCGAACUGAAAGAGCGAUCUUCGAAAAGUCUGCUUGCUAAUGUUCUGGACAUUGAUGAUGAUUUUAGGCAUGGAAACCAUCGGGCAGGAGGAGGAGGUCAGUCAUACCAUCACCACGGUUGUCUUCAGGGUGCCGACUACGAGCUGACGUUAAUCCUUAAGGAAUUGCGCGUUAUAACCGAUCAACUUCGCAAGGAGGACGAGGGCAACGACAUAUCGCGCGAUUGGAAAUUCGCCGCGAUGGUAGUCGACAGACUGUGCCUUAUCAUCUUCACGCUGUUCACGAUAAUCGCGACGAUGGCCGUACUGUUUUCGGCGCCGCACAUCAUUGUGUCGUAG